GCCACAUGGAUAUGUCCAGGUCUUCGAUUGAAGAGCCCAUGUCCAGAGGCUACUGGCCGGGGAAUUCGCCGUACCAAGCGGACAUUCUGCAGAGCUGGAAUGCCUCAGCGCAGGACGCACUUGCAGGGUCACUGCCAGGUCAAACUACUCAGCUGCACACACCCAGCUCCACCUUUGGGUCCAUUUCCAGAGAGCAGGAGCUCUUGAUCGAAGUGCCGCAGACCAUGUUCAAGGAGAAGCUCAUUGAGGUGCCCACCAUCUGCACCCAGGAGGUGGUGCGGGCGGUGCCCAAAGUUGAGGUUCAUGAGAUCAUCAAGGAGGUGCCCAAGAUUGAAUAUCAGGUCACCGAGCGGGUGGUGGAGGUGCCUGAGGUUCGAUACGUGGAGAAGAUCGUGGAAGUGCCGGAAGUGCACACCCAGGAAAUCGUGCGGACCAUUCCCAAGAUCGAGAUCCAGGAAGUUGUGAAGACCGUCCCCAAGAUCCAGGUCCAAGUGCAAGAGAGGCUGGUGGAGGUGCCCAAAGUCUGCCAUGUGGAGAAGGUGGUGGAGGUUCCGCAGGUCCACAUCCAGGAGGUGGUGCGCACGGUGCCCCGCCUGGAAGUGCAGGAGAUCAUCCGAGAGGUGCCCAAGGUGGAGGUCAGAACGGUGGAGAGGUUGGUGGAGGUGCCGCAGGUCGCCUUCGUGGACAAAUUCGUGGAGGUGCCUCAGGUGCAGGUGCAGGAGGUGCUACGCCAUGUACCAAAGGUGGAGGUGCACGAGAUCGUCCGGGAAGUGCCCAAGAUUCACAUGGAGUACCGGGAGAAGAUUGUGGAAGUCCCGCAAGUCCACCUCCAAGAGCGACUGGUGGAGGUGCCGAAGAUCGAGGUGCGGGAGAUCCUGCGCACAGUGCCCAAGGUGGAGGUCCGCACCGUGGACCGCCUCGUGGAGGUGCCGCAAGUCCAGUUGGUGGAGAAGAUCGUAGAGGUGCCGAAAAUCGAGAUCCAGGAGCGGCUACACCACGUGCCGAAGAUCCACACACAAGUUGUGGAGAAGCUCGUGGAAGUCCCCCAGGUCCAAUACGUGGAUCGCGUCCUUGAGGUGCCACAAGUGCAAAUCCAAGAGGUGGUGAGGCACGUUCCCAAGAUCGAGACACAGGAGAUCGUUCGAAUGGUGCCCAAGAUCGAGGUACAAACGGUCGAGAAGAUCGUGGAGGUGCCUCAGGUGCAAUAUGUGGAGAAGUUCGUGGAGGUGCCGGAGGUGAGGAUCCAGGAGGUGGUCCGGCAUGUGCCGAAGAUCGAGGUGCAAGAGAUCGUGCGCCAUGUGCCGAAGAUCGAGGUGAAGUUUCAGGAAAGGAUUGUGGAGCAUCCACAGGUUCACCAGGUUGAGAAGAUUGUGGAAGUGCCGCAGACGGUCAUUCAGACCGUUGACCGGCAUGUGCCGAAGAUUGAGGUCCAAGAGAUCGUGAGGCACGUCCCAAAAAUCGAUGUCAGGGUUGAGGAGCGCAUCAUUGAGCAUCCGCAGAUCCACCAGGUGGAGAAGGUGGUGGAAGUCCCUCAGACUGUGGUGCAGGUAGUGGAGAGACACGUGCCCAAAAUCCAGGUCCAGGAGAUCUUGCGGCACGUGCCCAAGAUCGACGUCCAGAUCCAGGAGAAGAUCAUUGAGGUUCCGCAAGUCCAGGUCGUCGAGAGGAUCAUCGAGGUUCCUCAGACGCAGGUCCAUGAGGUGAUUAAGCACGUGCCCAAGCUGCAGAUCCAAGAAGUGGUGCGCCACGUGCCCAAGGUGGAGGUGCAGGUCCAAGAACGUAUCGUGGAGGUUCCUCACAUCCAAACCAUCGAGAAGGUAGUGGAGGUGCCCAAGGUGCAUAUCCAGGAGAUCGUACGACACGUGAAGAAACCCGUGAUCGAGACCCGCGAGAGGAUCAUAGAGGUCCCUUGCGUCCAGGUGCAAGAGAGGAUAGUGGAGCAUCCGGAGAUCCAUGUCCAGGAGGUCACGAAGCACAUCCCCAAGGUGGUGGAGGUGCAAGAAAUCGUGAAGAACGUCCAAAAGCUCGACUGGACAGGCACCGACGUCUCGGCCAUCUCUGGCGGCCCCCCAGAUGUGCUCGGGGGCUCCUUGGAAGCGCCGACGCUGCCACCGCCCACUCCAGGCGGCCAGCUGCACACCAGAUACGUCCCCAUCAACGCGGGGGAUGGCACUCCAUCGAACAGAUCCGUUGCGACGGUCGACAUCAACGCGAUGACUCUGACGCCAAACUCUGUGGGCAACUCUCUGACCUCGCAGUUCGGGCAGCUGCCGCCCUUGAAGGCCUCCUGCGAGCUGGAGGCACCGGUGAUCCGGGUCAAUGAGAGAGAUGUGAGGCCAAAGGCUUGCAAUGGCGAGGUGCCGGUCUUUGAGGUGCCAGCGGACCAUGUGACCAUGAGAGGGAGCACAGCGACCUCCAUGGUGAGCGGCUUUUGCACAAAAUGCGGCAGUCCAUGCCCGCAAGGCUGCAGUGUGUGCCGCUGCGGAAAGGUGCAAGAGGCACCGGCGCCGGUGCUGAUGAGCGAGAGGCCCAGCUCCGUGAGCCUGGCGUCCAUGGCAACCAUAGCGCCAGCCUCCACGCACUAUGGCGAUGGCUUGGGCUACGGUUCGGCCAUGCAGUCGGGCCCGCCCACCUACUUUGGCUCGGCGCCGCCAACGCAGCUGCCAACGCAGCUGCCAACGCAGCUGCCAACGCAGCUGCCAACGCAGCCGCAGCAGCCCUUCUAUUUCAGAUAGCAACAGGCCGGCCUUCGAGCCUUGGUUUCACGUGGCCCACGAAUCCACGAAUCGGGCUGCCGAAGCACCUGGUGAGUGUCGGGGCGAUGUGGGUCUGUCUCAAAACUGAGUUGAACCCCGA